UGCCUGCCCGUGUGGUGGUUUCCGGCGGAGGUGGUGAGAGUCGCACGCUCAGCGGGGAAGGUGUGAGUCGUGAACGGCCCGGGUCUCCGCCAUGGCCUCUCUACUCGCCAAGGACGCCUACCUGCAGAGCCUGGCCAAGAAGAUCUGCUCCCAUUCGGGCCCGGAGCAGCAGGCGCGCACGCGGGCUGGCAAAACUCAAGGCUCAGAAACUGCAGGGCCCCCAAAAAAGAAAAGGAAGAAAACACAAAAGAAAUUCCGGAAGCGAGAAGAGAAGGCUGCUGAGCACAAGGCCAAGUCCUUGGGGGAGAAAUCUCCAGCAGCCUCUGGGGCCAGGAGGCCUGAGGCAGCCAAAGAGGAAGCAGCUUGGGCUUCCAGCUCUGCAGGGAACCCUGCAGAUGGCCUGGCCACUGAGCCUGAGUCUGUCUUUGCUCUGGAUGUUCUGCGACAGCGACUGCAUGAGAAGAUCCAGGAGGCCCGGGGCCAGGGCAGUGCCAAGGAGCUGUCCCCUGCCGCCUUGGAGAAAAGGCGGAGGAGAAAGCAGGAACGGGACCGGAAGAAGAGGAAGCGAAAGGAGCUGCGGGCGAAAGAGAAGGCCAGGAAGGCUGAGGAGGCCGCGGAGGCCCAGGAGGUGGUGGAGGCAACCCCAGAGGGGGCCUGCACGGAGCCGCGGGAGCCGCCCGGGCUGAUCUUCAAUAAGGUGGAGGUGAGCGAAGACGAGCCGGCCAGCAAGGCGCAGCGCGGAAAAGAGAAGAGGCAGAGGGUGAAGGGGAACCUCACGCCGCUGACCGGGAGGAACUACCGGCAGCUGCUGGAGCGCCUGCAGGCACGGCAGAGCCGGCUGGACGAGCUGCGCGGCCAGGAUGAGGGGAAGGCGCAGGAGCUGGAGGCGAAGAUGAAGUGGACCAACCUCCUCUACAAGGCGGAGGGCGUGAAGAUCCGCGACGACGAACGCCUGCUGCAGGAGGCCCUGAAGCGCAAGGAGAAGCGCAGGGCGCAGCGGCAGCGCCGGUGGGAGAAGCGCACGGCCGGCGUGGUGGAGAAGAUGCAGCAGCGCCAGGACCGGCGGCGGCAGAACCUGCGCAGGAAGAAGGCGGCCCGCGCCGAGCGCCGCCUGCUCAGAGCCCGCAAGAAGGGCCGCAUCCUGCCGCAGGACCUGGAGCGCGCAGGCCUGGUCUGAGUCUUUCCCACCUGGGGCCGCCGUCUUUGUCCUAGGAGACUCCAGGACACCCUCUGAGUCCUUGACGCUGGCUCUGUCCCAGGAUCUCCACAGACCUCGGCCCCUCCAUGUGAGGGGGACACAGUGGUGCUCUGCUGAGUUGUGAGGGCCCAGAUCACAGAUCACAUGUGAGAAAGAGAGAGUUUCAGCGUCAUCCUUGAACGCAGGAUCCGGGACCUUCAGACCCAGGGAAAGGGUGAGGGAGACUGGGGCCUGGUCUGCUUUCCCGGGCCUGAAAGCUUCCCCGAGGUUUGCAGGGUCAGGGAGGAGGAACGGUGGGGGUGGGCAGUCACUGCCCGUUCCCCACUGCCUGUGUUCGCAGGAGCCACGGGACAGAAGACGGUGGCCUCUGCUGCCGGGCCACGUUAGUCCGCAGCUCACCCGAACAGAGGACACCCCUGAGGUGUGGCAUACGGGCACCUGGCACUGGGAGUCGGGGGAGCACGUCCAGGCGUGGCGCAUCCUGGGGCAGAACGCCAUGGCUCCUCCCCGCUCUCUUGGCUUCUGCCUGUUGGGGUCUCAUUCCUUUCUGUUCCCCAGUGCCCCGGGGCGGCAUUUUACUGCUCAGAAUUUGGAGGGAGGGAGCAGUACCUUCCCGGAGUCCACGCAUGUGAGUUUGGUCAAGUGCAUUGGACCUAGGGAAAGAGCAAGAAAGAAUAAAAGCUGGAGAGAGAGUGAAGUGAAUGCAAGAUACAAAGUGGGAUGGAAGAAUUAAAUCCAGAGUUCCAGGCAAUCAAAAUGAGUGCAGGUUGAAAAAACUCAGGGGAAUUUUAGUGGCAUAUGGAUGAUAAAGCUGUAAAUAAAAUUCUUUUGAUGAAACUCUCCGGUUACGAGACAAAGACUGUAACUGAACGGGAGCUGGUGUGACUGUUACCAGACAGAGGCGACUGAUGAAAAAGCCCUGUGAAAGAUCAGAUGUGAGGUGGGCAUGAGCUUGAGCUGAGAGACAGACACAACAGUAUCUGAAGAGAAUACAUACUCUUUCCAUUCAUAUAUGGAACAUGGAUGGAAACUGACCACCUACUUUGUCCAGAAAAGAAGUCUUAAGGUAUUUCAAGGAAUCAGUGUCGUUAUCUGACCGUAUCCCAAUGUCAUUAAAAAAUUUUUGAGCUAAUUUUUUUUGUUUUUGAGAUAGAGUCUUGCUCUGUCACUCAGGCUGGAGUGCUGUGGCAUUUCAUAUUUGGAAUUUUAAAAACACACUUAUAAAUUACCUAUGAGUUAAAGAAUUCCUAAUGGCUAUUAUAAAUAUUUGGGACUAAAGGAUAAUGAAAAUGCUACGUAUUAAAAUUUGUGGAACAGGGCCUGGCAUGGUGGCUCGUGCUGUCAAUCCCAGCACUUUGGGAGGCGGGUGGAUCACUUGAGAUCAGGAGUUCGAGACCAGCCUGGCCAACAUGAUAAAACCCCAUCUCUACUAAAAAUAAAAAAUUAGCUGGGUGUGGUGGUGCAAACCUGUAGUCCCAGCUGCUUGGGAGGCUGAGGCGGGAGAAUCACUUGAACCCAGGAGGUAGAGGCUGCAGUGAGCCAAGAUCGAGCCACUGCACUCCAGCCUGGGUGACAGAGCGAGACUGUCUCAAAAAGAAAAAAUUUAAGAUUUGUGGAACAGAGCUAAAGCAGCACAAAAAAACAUUUCAUAGCCCCUAAAUGUAUGUGCAUCUACAGAUAAAUAGUGCCAUUUAUACACACAUAUGCUGUAUGUCUAUAUUUUUUAAGCUAAAGAAAAAUAAGCAUGCAGCUUAAGUUGGAACAACUCAAAGUAAAUGGAAGAAAAAUCUCCAAAACUGACUAGAGUUGUAAUCACUGAUGAAAUUGAGUCAGUAGUUAAGAAUGUUCCCCUAGACGGUUUUACAGGGAAGUUCCACGAUACAGAGAACAGGUAAUUCCAGACGUAGACAAAUUCUAACAGAAUCAGUUGAGAGAACACUUCAUUCGUGAACUUAGCUUUGAUACCAAAACUAGGUAAGAGAAAGGGAAGUUACCAAAACCUGUGGGCAGCAAGCCACCCAGGCGCCGAGGCAAGAGAGAGGACACGAGCUGUUCCAGUAUAAUAUAAAACAAGAAUAGUUAUACCAGCUAUAGAUCUUAGAUAUGAUUACAUAUGAAUAUCAUUAAUCAUUAGUUUGUAGCAAUUACCUUUUAUUCCAAUAUUAUUAUAAUCCUCACUAUAUAAUCAUAGCCUAGGAAAAACCAGGCCAUACAGAGAUAGGAGCUGAGGGGACAUAGUGAGGUGUGACCAGAAGACAAGAGCGCGAGCCUUCUGUUAUGCCCGAACAGGGCCACCAGAGGGCUCCUUGGCCUAGCAGUGACACCAGCGUCUGGGAAGACGCCCGUUGCCAGGCGGACCGUGGUCUAGCAGUAGCGAAAAGUAUCAAGGAACAACACCUGCUACUUAGCAGACUGGGAAAGGGAGUCUCCCUUUCCCCGGAGGAGUUUAGAGAAGACUCUGCUCCUCCACCUCUUGUGGAGGGCCUGACAUCAGGCAGGCCUGCCCGCAGUUAUUCGGAGGCCUAACUGUCUCCCUAUGAUGCUGUGCUUCAGUGGUCACACUCCUAGUCCGCCUUCAUGUUCCAUCCUGUACACCUGGCUCUGCCUUCUAGAUAGCAGUAGUAAAUUAGUGAAAGUACUAAAAGUCUCUGAUAUGCAGAAAUAAUGGCAUAAGCUGUCUUUCUCUCUGUCUCCUCUCUCUCUCUGCCUCGGCUGCCAGGCAGGGAAGGGCCCCCUGUCCAGUGGACAUGUGAUCCACGUGACCUUACCUAUCACUGGAGAUGACUCACACUCUUUACCCUGCCCCUUUUGCUUUGUAUCCAAUAAAUAACAGUGCAGCCAGACAUUCGGGGCCACUACCGGUCUCCGCGCAUUGGUGGUAGUGGUCCCCCGGGCCCAGCUGCCUUUUUUAUCUGUU